UUUGUAAUCCUGCAUGGAAUUAACUAUUUCCUUGACUUUGUUUUAGGUAAUCAUUGCCAAAUGAGGAGGAAAGGACGAUGUCAUCGAGGCUCUGCAGCGAGGCAUCCUUCUUCCCCGUGCAGUAUUAAACACUCCCCCACUCGAGAAACAUUAACAUACGCACAAGCUCAAAGGAUGGUGGAGAUAGAAAUUGAAGGGCGCUUGCAUCGGAUCAGUAUUUUUGAUCCCUUGGAGAUCAUACUAGAAGAUGACCUCACUGCUCAAGAAAUGAGUGAAUGCAACAGUAAUAAAGAAAACAGUGAGAGGCCUCCUGUUUGCUUAAGAACUAAGCGUCACAAAAACAACAGAGUCAAAAAGAAGAAUGAAGCUAUCCCCAGCACCCAUGGCACACCAGCUUCAGCCAGUGCCCUUCCUGAGCCCAAGGUGCGAAUUGUGGAGUAUAGUCCUCCAUCUGCACCCAGGAGGCCCCCUGUGUACUACAAGUUCAUUGAGAAGUCAGCUGAGGAGCUGGACAAUGAAGUAGAGUAUGACAUGGAUGAGGAAGAUUAUGCCUGGUUAGAGAUCAUCAAUGAGAAGCGCAAGGGUGACUGUGUGUCUGCUGUAUCACAGAAUAUGUUUGAGUUCCUGAUGGACCGCUUUGAGAAGGAGUCAUACUGUGAGAACCAGAAGCAAGGUGAGCAGCAGUCCUUGAUUGAUGAGGAUGCCGUUUGCUGCAUCUGCAUGGAUGGGGAGUGUCAGAACAGCAAUGUGAUACUCUUUUGUGACAUGUGUAACCUAGCUGUGCACCAGGAGUGCUAUGGGGUUCCCUAUAUCCCCGAGGGCCAGUGGCUUUGCCGCCACUGCCUGCAGUCUCGGGCCCGCCCUGCGGAUUGCGUGUUGUGCCCGAAUAAGGGUGGUGCCUUCAAAAAGACAGACGAUGACCGCUGGGGCCACGUGGUAUGUGCCCUGUGGAUCCCAGAGGUUGGCUUUGCCAACACGGUAUUCAUUGAGCCCAUCGAUGGUGUGAGGAACAUACCUCCUGCUCGGUGGAAACUGACAUGCUACCUCUGUAAGCAGAAAGGUGUGGGUGCCUGCAUUCAGUGCCACAAAGCAAACUGCUACACAGCAUUCCAUGUAACAUGUGCCCAGAAGGCUGGCUUGUACAUGAAGAUGGAGCCUGUGAAGGAGCUGACUGGAGGCAGCACCACGUUCUCUGUCAGAAAGACUGCUUUCUGUGAUGUCCACACACCUCCAGGCUGUACCCGGAGGCCUCUGAACAUUUAUGGAGAUGCUGAGAUGAAAAACGGUGUCUGUCGAAAAGAAAGCUCGGUCAAAACGGUCAGGUCUACGUCCAAGGUCAGGAAAAAAGCAAAAAAGGCUAAGAAAACACUGGCUGAGCCCUGUGCGGUUCUGCCAACCGUGUGUGCUCCGUAUAUCCCCCCUCAGAGAUUAAAUAGGAUUGCGAAUCAGGUGGCCAUUCAGCGGAAGAAGCAGUUUGUGGAGCGGGCCCACAGCUACUGGUUACUCAAAAGGCUGUCUAGGAAUGGUGCUCCCCUGCUGCGGCGGCUCCAGUCCAGCCUGCAGUCCCAGAGAAACACGCAGCAGAGAGAAAAUGACGAAGAGAUGAAAGCUGCCAAAGAGAAGCUGAAGUACUGGCAGCGGCUGCGACACGACCUGGAACGUGCACGCCUGCUAAUUGAGCUGCUGCGCAAGCGGGAAAAACUCAAACGUGAGCAGGUGAAGGUGGAGCAGAUGGCUAUGGAGCUCCGAUUGACACCACUGACUGUGCUGCUACGCUCGGUCCUGGAACAGCUUCAGGAGAAGGACCCUGCAAAAAUUUUUGCUCAGCCCGUGAGUCUAAAGGAGGUACCAGAUUAUUUGGAUCACAUUAAACAUCCCAUGGACUUUGCCACAAUGAGGAAAAGGCUAGAAGCUCAAGGGUAUAAAAACCUCCAUGCGUUUGAGGAGGAUUUUAAUCUCAUUGUAGAUAACUGCAUGAAGUACAAUGCCAAGGACACCGUGUUUUAUAGAGCUGCAGUGAGGCUGCGGGAUCAGGGAGGUGUUGUUUUGAGGCAGGCCCGGCGUGAGGUGGACAACAUCGGCUUGGAAGAGGCCUCGGGAAUGCACCUGCCUGAGCGACCUGUUGCAGCCCCUCGGCGGCCUUUCUCCUGGGAAGAAGUGGACAGGUUGCUGGACCCAGCCAACAGGGCCCACAUGGGCUUGGAGGAGCAGCUGAGAGAGCUACUGGACAAGUUGGACCUCACCUGCUCCAUGAAGUCUAGCGGCUCACGGAGUAAACGGGCAAAGCUGCUCAAAAAAGAGAUUGCUCUUCUCCGAAACAAGCUGAGUCAGCAGCAUAGCCAGUCCCCGUCUAUAGGGACAGGUACAGGAGGCUUUGAAGAUGAUGCUGCUCCAGUGGGGCCGGACACAGGGGAGGAAGGAGAUAAAUCUCCCCCUAAACUUGAACCAUCAGAUGCAUUACCUCUUCCUUCAAACUCGGAGACUAAUUCAGAACCACCAACCCUCAAACCAGUAGAACUCAACCCCGAGCAGAGUAAACUAUUCAAAAGAGUCACAUUUGAUAAUGAAUCACAUAGCACUUGCACUCAGAGCGCACUGGUAAGCGGACACCCUCCAGAGCCCACCCUCGCCAGUAGUGGCGAUGUGCCGGCGGCGGCGGCCUCCGCAGUGGCGGAGCCAUCAAGCGAUGUAAACAGACGCACCUCUGUUCUCUUCUGCAAAUCGAAAAGUGUAAGCCCCCCAAAGUCUGCCAAGAACACUGAAACCCAGCCAACUUCUCCUCAGCUAGGGACCAAAACCUUUUUGUCUGUAGUCCUUCCGAGGUUGGAGACUCUACUGCAGCCACGGAAAAGGUCGAGGAGCACAUGUGGAGACUCCGAAGUGGAGGAGGAGUCCCCGGGAAAGCGCCUAGAUACAGAAUGGCAGUAGAUUUCAGUGGAUGCAUGGUGAAUUCCUAAGCACACUCCUAAGCACCGGGAGCCUUAUUAGCACUAAGAUCUGACCCUCAGGAGCAGGAGGCGUCCACUGCUGCAUCUGCCUGGCCCAUGGUGGGCUAGGCAUGGGUUGAAUGGGCCCAUCCUACCAUCGGUGCUGGCUGCGCCUCCACCUGAACCUUCUGGUGCUCUCUGCGCACCUGGAUUUCUUGUUCCAAGUUGCAGUUCUACGCUGUUUGAGGACUUGGAGUAUUCAGAACCUUCUGAUCUUUUCCAGGUUCAUCUGGCACUUUGAACUUUUAGGGAAUUCUCUGGUGCUCCAGUGCACUGCAAGAUUCCAAGUUAGAUUAAGUGUGGACUCAUUUAUUUUAAAAUUGCCCAUCCAUAGGGCUCCCUUGCUCAUGCCUGCGGGACGGGCAGGACAUUGUGGGCAGUGCAGAGCAUGGUGUGACCGAUUUAAUGGGUAUCACAUUUUUUUGGAGCUGGCUCUGUGUCGUAGAUUCUUUACUCUGACUGCUUGUUUAUUUACAUCAAUGGACCAUCCAUCAGGCCAGGACCUGUGUCACCUCUUAUGUUGAUACCCAUGGUGUGGAGAUUCUCAAUGAAAUGGGUGGUGGAAAGCAAGCAAAAUGUCUUCCAUGGCCAUAGACUGUUGAGGGAGGAGAUGAUUCCUGCCCUUGCAGUCAGACUAAAUGGUUCUCACUGUUUUCUAGGUUCUCAGUUACCACUAAUGUGCUUGGGUAGCUCACUCUUUGGAUGCUAAUCCUAUUUUCCUUAACUUCGACUUGGACUGGAGUUCUGCUAAAAUGGCCUCUUGGAAUGCAAAGCCUUCGCUGCCUCCUUGCCCUGCUCCUAGUUCUUGAGGAUCACAUUGGAAUCAUCCGUUGAGCCGUCCUUUAAACAGACUCUCAGACACCUACCCUUGGAGGAGAUCUCUAUCCCUGGCCAGCCCACCCCUCUUAAGUCAGCCCAGCAGUGAGAGGAGCUCUGGUGCCUGAGCAGAUGUUUCGGCGCCUCAGGUCUUCCUGGUGGAUAGAUAUGAAGGAAGCAAGGAAUGCCUAAUGCUGUGGCAGAACCUACUGUAGCUUGGACAACAUAAUCCAACAGUUUGACCCACGUUCUGAGCACAUCCAAAACUGGCCUGUGAUGACUGGGGGGCUCUGGUUAGGGCAGCCUGGGCUAGGUGUCUGAAGGGACUGUAUAUGCAACACUGCCUAAAAUGGGGCUUAAAGAGAGCUCAUUACUUGGUUGUUAGCAUCUUUUAUUUCUUUGUUCUCUACCUCAUUUCCCUUCCUUUUUCAGUUUCUCUUGCAUUAUUAAGCAUUGUUAGUCUUGUUGGUAGCUGUGCAAAUGCCUGCUGAGCCAACCUCGAAGUCCUGCUGGAAUUCCCCUUGAGUGGGCAUUUUGGCUUGUCCUCUGGCCUGUCUUGGCCGUGUGCAGCAGCAGUGUCUUCAUAGACCAUACUCAGGAAAAGCAGGUGGCGGGUGAGGUGGUAUUGUUUGCUGUGCUUUUGAAAGGUUGAGAGAUGCACCCACUGUGUGGUUCUCUAGGGGACUUCUGCUGCCACCCUGAAAUGGUUGCAUUCCUAGCCUGGGCACACUGUCCAGCAUGGGACCCAAGCUCUUUGAUGUGCCAUAGCUGGGAACAAGUUAGUGCUUUGGGCAGCAUGAUCCUGUGCUGUCAUGUUUCAAAUGAGUCAAUGGGCUCUGAGGUAACUGGUGGUGGGAGUAGCAGCAAGGAUGCACACAGUGACCACACUCUCAGGCACAUUUCCUAGGUGAUGUGGGGUCUGUAGAGGGUAGGGAAGCUGGUCAAUCCCAUUUACCAGGCCCUGAUACUCUCACUUGGCUGCAGCCUUGUGGGUUCUUGCAGGUUGGGAGCCCAGGAGAGAAAGGAUCGUGUCCCCACUCUCCUACCUUCAUGCCUCAACUUUGCAUGAAGCACCUAAGUCUGCUCCUGUCUGUGGGUGGGAGCUUUUCAGAGUGGAGACCUAAGCACCUCAGGGGCCCUUUACUGGCCACUCUGUUUGUACCCCAGUUGUCCCUUAGAAUACCUGGGCCAAAGGGGAGCUUUUAGAGAAACAAUAGUAGUUAAAAGUCUGGGGCUGGGUCUGUCUUGGGACUUAGUUGCAGUGGCACAUUUGUGGUGUCAUUUGGGCAUGAGCAAGGUGUUUGGGCUCUGCCUUGGCCUUUGGAGACCUCAAAACUCUCUGUAACAUAUGCUUGGGGUCAUUGGCUCUGUCUAGGAGCUAUCUCAUCUUUUUGUUUUGGUUAUCAAGAAUGGUGGGCCUGUGUAUGAUCUAGACAGUAAGCCUCAGUGCUAGGAAGGCACUUUAUUCCCCAUCCUCCAGUUGAUGGGAGAGUCAUUGUAGGAAAUGGUUCACAAAGGAGGUAGAGGCACAGAGAAGAGAGGGCUCAUACCUGGCUUUGUGUCAAAGCCAUGUCUUCUCUAGGUAGUGGAUGCAAGAGCUUUUCAAGCUUGGGUCUCUGGUCCACAUUGCCUCUCAGGACAUGUCCAGGGCCUUGGAAGCCCUCAAGAAUCUGGUUGGGCUGUGCAAGCACCAUUGUCCUGUUUGGGCUGCAGUACCCUCUGGAAAGCAGGCCCCUGGGGUCUUUCCUGGAAGCUUCUCAAGUUUCACAGGAGCCGUGCCAGCUUCUUCUCAAGGUGGUGUGUGUUUUUAUGUAAUGUGUGAAAAACUUUCUGUAAACUUGGAGCCCAGAUGUGGUGUGCCCUGAUAAUUAAACACUUGGGAAAACUAGACAGACAUUUAAUCAUACUUUUCCCUUCUCAGAAUUAUAAACCUUAGUUUUUCUUUUAGGGGCUGUUUAGGCCCCAGCAAAGCACCUUACUUGCUGGGAAUACCAAAUAUAUGUGGGCUGUGCUUUUGGGUCCUAUCCUGGGCCUCCUUCCUAGGAUAUAUGCCAGUGAUGGGGACCUGCUUGUCCAAGACCUUGAGAUUCCUCAGACCUGCCUGCUCAGCCUAGCAAUGGCAGAUAUUUCUGGGCUUGCAGUCUUCUCUAAGAUUCUGGGUUCUGGAGCAAGGACUUUGCCCCUCUGUCAGUCCAGCCAGGUUGGGAAGGCUGUGUCUGUGUUGAAUCUGCUAAUUCAAGGCAGUGGAUGUUAUUGCCCCCCCUCCCCCACCCCAAGCAGCACAUGCCUCCUAAGAACUCUUGGGCCUUGCAGCCCUUCAAGGGUAGGGUGUGGAUGGCUUCUUCCCUGUCAUGUGCCUUCUGCUUUGCAGAUGAGCAAACAAGAGGCCUUGUCAGCACAAGCAGGUCCUUUUCACAGGUGUGAUGUAGAGAAUGCUGUGUCAACUGUGUAAUCUAGACAGUCACUGCAAAUAUUCCUAAGAAAAUGUUGUGAGUGUAACAUACAUGAUUUACUUUGGAAAUAGUUUUUUACGUUUUAAGUACAUGGGAAGGUGGGCAUAUAUGAAAAAAGUAUUGCCAGGACCCCCCCCCUUUUUUUUUUUUUUUUUUUCCUUCUCUGUCUGAAGCUGGCGCAGCCAGGAGCCAGGCAAGCACACAGCAUUGGGGCAUGAUGCUCCUGACUGGGGGCACUCUGGGGGUGGUUGUUCAUGGCUGUGCCUUUUUCUACUUACUGACUUGAAUGGAAGAUUAGACUUCUUGGGAAGAAUAUGGUAGUUGCAUUGACUAAGAUUUGUCUUUAUUAAAAUACUUUUCAAAUAUCAA